CAGGAGAGCCUGAGCUGGUCCUGGCUCUACAGGUAGCAGCUUCCUCUCAUUCUCCAGACAGCAGAGGAGCUUCUGGACGACCUGCAGGAAACGUUCCCGGUGAUCUCAGCGGUUGAUCUUCUCGUCACCGCAGCAGGAGAGUGCAUCAGCUGAGCGGCGGGUAUGAAAGCAGCCGAUGUCUUCGUGGACGAAUCGGAGCUCGAGAUGUUUGUGGUGGAAGCUGGAAUCUGCUGCUCUGAUUGGAUGAUUCCAGACGGCGCUCUUCUUCUUCUUCUCCUGUUUCUGGUUGUCAGCAGAGUUUGUUCAUGAGGAUAUUUUUCAUCACAUUCUUGGGUUGUGGAUUACCGACCGCCGAGCAUCAUGGGAGACAUGAAGGCAGCCAAUGAAAGCCCUCGAUGACACUGGAGUUUGUUGAGACUUUUUGAACCGCUGAGAGUUCCUUCCUGGUGGAUUAUUGAAGCUUCUGCAGAUGUUCGAGGGCCUGAAGCUCGUCUCCAGUUGAACUUCAGGAGUUUCUGCCGCCAUGCUCCCUGGAGGGCUGGCGUCCGGAGGAGGGGGUCGAGGCGGCGGCCUCUGCCUGCUCCAGUGGCUGGGCCUCCGGCUGUGGUCCCGCCGGGGGACCCUGGUCUUCGCUCUGCUCUGGUUCGGGUCCUGGUUGUUCCUGAACGGCCUGGUUCUGGUCCACCGAAGCAUCCUGUCCGACUACUGCACCGACGACAAGAGCAAGAGGAUCCUGCAGAGGCUGUGUCUGGAGUUCGGCGAGGGUUCGGUGACCGGCGACAUGUGCGAGGAUCUUUGUGUUCUGCGCCUGGUCGAGUACAAACGCUGCCUCUACUACGAGAACGGGAAGAAGGUGAUCGAGGCUCGCUGGAGAGGAAACCCCGUCAUCCUCAAGUCCAAGCUGGAGAACUUCUCCUCGUACGAGCCGCUGGGGAUCCUGGACUACCAGGACACGGCGGAGGAGCUCUCCCCUCUGGAUGUGGUCUUCUACGCUACUCUGGAGGUACGGAACUCCCUGGGGCUGGCCGGGGAGGACGAGGACGAGGACGGAGGAGGAGGAGGAGGAGGAGGAGGGAACGGCUCUCUGGCCAGACUCUGGGGGAAGAAGCUGAAGAGCAGAGAUAAGAGCUACUCCAGAGCAGAGCUGGCCUCGCUGUGGUCGCUGCUGCAGCAGGAGGAGUUCACCUUCCUCAGAGUCCUGCAGGACCUCAGCAGCCACGUGGCCAGAGUGUUGGGCUCCUGCGGUCACUUCUACGCCGUGGAGUAUCUGUCGGCCGGACACGCCUGGGACCAGAACAUCUUCUCCCUGGACGAUGUGGCCGUUCCUGGGCUGCAGGAGCAGAACGGGGCCGGGGCUCGGGGCAGGUGGACCUCCAGGGAGAUGGUGCAUCGCAUCGCUCUGAGCUUCCUGGACAUGGUGUGGCACUUCGACAACGACUUCACCCACAAGCUGCACCUCUGCGACAUCAAGCCGGAGAACUUCGCCAUCAGGAAGGACCUGACGGUGGUCGCCAUCGACGUGGACAUGGCGUUCUUCGAGCCCAAGAUGAGGGACAUCCUGGACCAGAACUGCAGCAGCGACGACGACUGCAACUUCUUCGACUGUUCGUCCAGAUGUGACCCGAUGAAACGCCGCUGCAGCCCGACACGACGAAACACAAACCUGCAGGUGAUUUGUGAGAAGAUUUUCAGGCCGUGGUUUUCUCCCACUCUGCUCGGAGCCAAAGCAGGACUUCCUCUGCAGGUGGAGCUGCAGCGAGCUGUGCAGGAGUGUUCAGAAACAGACCGGAGCGAGGAGGAGGAUGGAGGAGGAGGAAGAGGAGGUAGGGACAUCCACCAGCGUCUCCUCAGCAUCUUGAACCGCCUCGUCCAGGAGGGCGGGGGUUCAGCAGAAGGGGGCGGAGCCUGGGAGGGAAAAGGCCACGUCCACACGGCGCUGAACUUCUGACCCACGAAGACCUCAGGAAGCUUCUCCAGACCGGACCAAAACUCUGAUGUUCGUGCAUCACCAGGUCCUUCUUCGAGGGCAGGUUUUCCACUGAAAGCUGGGAAACAAGCGUUGAGACGCUCUGAACGAUGGAAAACUGUUCAUCCAGUGACUCAUUUUAAGGUCCACAGCCACAGUUUGAGCCACUCAGCAAACAGAUUCUCAAUCCACAGAGAGAUUCCAAAGUAAAUAUAGACUUCUUCGUCAAAAGUAUCAUUCCAACUCAACCAUCAGUGAUUCAACUGUAAUUUUAAUGGCAGAAAAUAUUGAUAUUUUUAAAGAUAAUUCUGAAAUUUCAGGUUGAUAUAUAAAAAACCUUCCACUAUUCAUCACGUCAAACAAGUUUUGUAACUUGGAAUGACUUUCCCAAUAAAUAAACAAUGGCUGAUUCACUUAUUAUUUGUCGGCAGUCAUUAAGAAUCACAGAAACUUUGUCAUAGUGCCCCUUAACAAGCUAACCUCAUCAAAAUUUUAGGCUAUGUUUGAACCUCUAUGAUUAGUUCUAGACUUAUACAACAGGUCCUCCGACCUGUAAUGCGUCUUUCAGACAACUACAAGUAGUAUUCAAACCUGUACAACUAGUUCCACAACUAUACAACUAGUUCUCAGAUCUCUACAGCUAGUUUCAGAUCUCUAGAACUAAUCUUGAGACCUGCACAACUAGUGCUCAGGUCUGUAUAACUAGUCUCUAGACCUUUACAGUGUAUUCCAGACCUCGACAACUAAACCUUUGACCUCUAUGGUUAGUUCUAGACUUAUACAACAGGUCCUCAGACUUUUAUAACUCUUUCCAGACAUCUACAACUAGUCAUCCGACCUCUACAACUAGUUCUAGUCAUCUAUAACUGGUGUACAGACCUCUACAAUUAGUUCCAGACGUAUAACUAGUUCUCAGACCUUAACAACUGGUUCACUAGUUCCAGAUCUCUACAACUAGUCCUUAGACUUCUAUGUCUAAUUCCAAGACCUCUACAACUUUUCCAUAGGCUUUUACAGCUACUUUCAGACCUCUAUUAGGUCUCACACAUCUACAGCUCGUCCUUAGAACUGUGCAACUCGUUGCAGACCUCUACGACUAGUUCUCAGACGUCUUCAGCUAGAUGUAGACCUCCACAACUGUAACAGUACCAGUAGUUACUUUCAGAUCUCUACCAACAAUCACACAUCUGCAAUUAGUCCUCAGACAUCUACAAAUAGUUUCAGACAUCUACAAGUAGUCUUCAGACAUAUACAACUCAUUGCAGACCUCUGCAACUCGUCCUCAGAACUUUAUAGCUAGUUCCAGAAAUCUGCAAUUAAUCCUCAGAUUUGCACAACUAGUUCCAGACCUGAACAACUAGUUCUCACACGUCUGAUGAGGGUAAACGUUUAGUCAAACUAUCACUCUCCAUUAGGUUGGACCAGUCCACAGUUGUAAACAUGCGGGAGUGUUCACAGGAAGUGAGAACAUAUUGACCAACCAAUGGACCAGGCCACCUUCACACUACACAUCUGGUAACGAGCAUAAUUAACUGUAUGAAUGACUGAAAUGUUUGGUUUAUAAAUGACUCCCUCUAUUUAGUCAUUCUAGACUGUGAAGGCUAAUCUCAUCUGUUUUUGAAAAUUUCAUUUAAUUCCCUCAAACCGUAUUUAAUUAUUUGUCCAGUAAAACACAAUGUACUGACUCAUGGAAAAGUUUUGGAAAAUAAAGACAUUUGCCUUCA